ACGCAGUUGUGAUGUAUUGAAAACUAGCUGCAUGGCUAAAUAUAUCAGAUAACACAGACCAAAACUCUGUGCUCUGUAAAGUAAACUAAUGCGACUAUUCAGUAAAAGCUCAAGCACAUAUGUGGUAAUGCCGUGACCUUACUGUCGGUAUUUUCCGAGCUCAUAAACGGUUAUCGUUAUUGACAUCUCCGCUUCUCUGGUGUCUGGACUGAACAGGAUGCUAGCAUGUAUAGCCACCACUGCAGGAAAUUAGCCUUAGCUCGUUAGCUCAGACAACCAGUCAAGUAAAAUCAAAAAUAGUUUAUUCCCCUCUUAUGCGUGCUGUCUUUUCAAAUAGCCUCUUCACAAUGGACACCGAGGGGAUAGUGAUUCGGAUUAAAACGCCUUCAGGAGACAUGGAUUCGUCCGUCGACUGUCCAUCUCUUCUGAACUUCAAUGACUUGCUGGGAGCCAUCAGAGAUGUCAUACCUGAAGCCACUGUUACUGCCUUUGAAUAUGAAGACGAAGUUGGAGAUAGAAUCACUGUAAGAAGUGAUGAAGAACUCAAAGCCAUGUUGUCAUAUUACUGCAACACAAUGAAUGAACAGCGCAUGAAUGGACUGCUGCCAGACCCUCUGCAGAUUUUUCCACGAGCCGGCAAGACUCCAGGGAUCCGGAACAUACAUGGCCUGAAGGUUAAUACAAGACCUAACCCAGCCAAUGAUUGCACUCAUGCUGUCCCCAACUCCGUGGCUAACAACAGCUUAAAGAAAUCAUCUGCAGAGCUAAAGAAGAUCUUGACAAAUGGACAGAUAAAUGCCCAAGACAUCCACUAUCAAGAACAGCUUGGCCAUGGAAAUGGAGGCACAGUUUACAAAGCAUAUCAUGUUCUUGGGAAGCGUGUUUUAGCGGUGAAGGUCAUUCCUCUGGACAUCACAGUGGAGCUACAGAAGCAGAUCAUGUCAGAGUUAGAAAUUCUCUAUAAGUGUGAUUCACCCUACAUCAUCACCUUCUUUAGUGCCUUUUUUGUGGAGAACAGGAUAUCAAUAUGCACUGAAUUUAUGGAUGGUGGUUCUCUAGAUGUGUACAAGAGGAUUCCAGAGCAUGUGUUAGGACGGAUUGCGGUGGCUGUCGUCAAAGGCCUGACAUAUUUGUGGAGCCUGAAGAUACUUCACAGAGAUGUCAAGCCUUCCAAUAUGCUGGUGAACACUCGAGGACAAGUCAAGCUCUGUGACUUUGGUGUCAGCACACAGUUGGUGAAUUCGAUUGCCAAAACAUAUGUGGGGACUAAUGCAUACAUGGCGCCAGAGAGGAUAUCAGGGGAACAGUAUGGGAUCCAUGCAGAUGUGUGGAGUGUAGGAAUCUCUUUCAUGGAGUUGGCACUGGGUAUGUUCCCUUAUCCACAGAUUCAGAAAAACCAAGGAUCUUUAAUGCCUCUCCAGUUACUGCAAUGCAUCGUUGAUGAGGACCCACCAGUUCUUCCUGUCGGACAGUUCAGCGAGAAGUUUGUUCACUUCAUCACUCAGUGUAUGAGACGGCAACCCAAAGAGAGGCCAGCCCCUAAUAACCUGAUGGAUCAUUCGUUCAUCAUCCAGUACAACGACGGCAACGCAGAGGUACUGUCCAUGUGGGUUCGCCGCUGCCUGGAGGAAAGACAAGCACAGCAGGCCCAGGGGCGGGUCUGACGUCCAGCAGGCCCAGGGGCGGGUCUGACGUCCAGCUCCCUUCCCCGCACUUCGGACUGUGACGUCUGAACCCAAAACCUGAACAUUUCCUAGUCUAAAAGGUCAAGGACGUCCACAUGCACUGCAGCAUUGACUGGAUGCACAAAAAAAAAUCUAUAGAUGUUGAAUAUUUUCUGCCACUGACUCUUGCAUCGUGACAAUGACUUCACAACAUUUGAACUGAAUAUUAAUCUUUGCCGCUAACACACAGAGAGGUUUUUUUUUUGUUUGUUUGUUUUUAAUCUUUCCAGCUGCAGCUUCUUGUUUUCAUUCAGGAACAUAAAGGAGGACAGCGAAUCUGAUGGUGCUGAAAAGGAUCAGCAUCAGUAAAUAGUACGGAGGAGGAUGUACCACAACCAGU